UUAAAAAAAAAAAAAAAAAAAAAAAAAAAAAAUUCUUUUCCACGCGUCCUGAUGGAAGGCAUCGCAGUCUAGUUCGUAUAUGGUGGUUUUUCUGUGUAAGUAAAUGAAAUCCACUUUUUUGGCGCUUUUUCUCCUUGAUACCUGCGGGGACAACUUUUUUUUUUUAAACAUCUUAUUUCCAGUUCUUCGAACAUCAAUGUGAUCAUCUGAGUGCGGCGGCUGCACUUUCGGAGUGAACAUGUAUCUGCUGCUUCUGGCUCUGCUGGCGCUGACACUUGCGGUGCCCCUGGGCCGGGCCUGCCCCAGAAGCUGUAACUGCUACCAAGCCAACGAGGUCCACUGUACCUUCAGAUCCUUGAUCACUAUCCCUUCUGGGCUGCCUACACACACACGGCGCAUAAAUUUAGGGUUCAACAGCAUCAGCAGUAUCUCAGAUAAUUCACUGGCUGGCCUAAGGAGGGUGGAGCUUCUGAUGCUUCAUGGAAACAACCUCCACCAAAUUCCAAAUGGAGUUUUUCAAGACAUGAAAUCACUACAGAUAUUAAAGCUGAGCUACAACAAGCUGAGGGAGAUCUCUUCAUCGCUGACCUUUGCCGGCCUGACUUCCAUGCUGCGACUGUACUUGGAUCACAACCUCCUCCAGCACAUCCACCCCCGGGCCCUGCUCCAGCUGCCUAACCUCAGGCUGCUCCGUCUGCAAGGAAACAGGCUGCAUCAGCUGCACCCUCACAGUCUGUGCACACUGUCGCUCCUGAACACCUAUUAUUUUUCCACACUGAGAAACCUGGAUCUGUCUAACAACAGCCUAACUACUCUGCCCAAAGAGAUUUUAGAGACGGCACCCCUACUGGAAACAUUUGUAAUGCAGACUAAUCCGUGGAGCUGCGACUGUAGAAUGACGUGGUUCCUCAGUUGGAGCCUGGCACACCCAGGUUUGAUGAAGUGUCCCAGAGGUCCACAGUGUCCAAUCUGCUCCUCACCUACUUCUCUUCAAGGACAGGACAUGCUUGAAAAGACUGACCUGUCAUGUACCUCUCCCGUCAUCCUCUCAUCAGAAAGAGAAAAACAUUUGGAGAUGGAGCUCAGUGAAAUCCAAACCAUUCAGGCCUUCAGAAAGCCUUUAGGCAAUGCUUCACUCAGUCUGUCUGACCAAGAGGGAGACAGUGUUGAUUUGACAUGCAAUAUCAGUUACUCUACCAACUCCCAGGGUAUUUUUCCUGCACCAGAUCUUUCCCUUUCUUCAACUUCUCCGCUUUCUCUCUCAUUGUCACUCUCUCUGGAGUGCCCAGUGGACGGUGACAACUAUGAGAAACUUUGGAGGAUUCUUGCUUACUAUAGUGAGACUGCAGUUCAUCUCGAGAGGGAGAUCAUGCUGAGCAAAGCCCCAGUGUUAGCUUUCCGUUACAAGCAGGCAGUGGAGAAAGAAGGAUUUCACCAUACAAGUGUUAGAGUGUCAAUAAAAGCAUGGCCACACUGGUUACUUCAGCCAGCUAUUAGCAUUCAGCUCAACAGACUGCAGUCCAGUAGAGACCGGGUUCAUCUACUACUCUCAACAACAGUGUCUGCUCAUCCUGACUCAACCUCUCAUCUCUCUGCUGUCUCUCAGCCAUGGUUAAUGAUUUCAACUAACCAUACAAUCACAGCAAUGGCUGCAAUUGCAGGCAGUAAGGUAGAGCUCUCCUGCCCUCUUCUGAGUUCUGGUAACCCUGAUGUACAGUGGAUUCUCCCAGGUAAAUCAACAUUCAUCUCCCUCUCCAGUAACCCAGGUCAAAGGGUCCAAGCUUCCAGUUCUGGCUUAAUUCUAGAAAAGGUGGAACUGUCAGAUGCUGGGCUGUACUACUGUGUAGCUUCAGCUGAAAGAGAUGUUGAUGUUCUUGCUGUGCGGCUCAUAGUGGACAGACCUUCUCUUCCACCUCGAGUGGAGCAAAGGGGGCCUCCAGUUACAGGAAUGGUUGGGGAGCCCAUCAGUCUGUCCUGCAAGACAUCUGGUGCACCAGAACCUUAUAUCAGUUGGCUGUUGCCAGAUGGUAAUCUACUACAUCAGGGUUUAGCCAAUUCAGAUGGACUCACUCUACAAGAAAACGGGAGUCUCUUCCUGGCCCAUCCUUCUUUAAGAGAUGCUGGUCAUUACUUGUGCAUUGCAGUCAACCAAUAUGGUGCUGACUCUCUUUCCAUGCAAUUGGAUUUACACUCACAACCUGCCUCACCACUUAGGACUUCACUUUCCAGAGGGCCACAGUCUGCCGCUGGACUUUCAACCAAGAUAAGAGCACCAUUGUUACACCAGCCUAUAGAGGAGGAUGGUUCAGGGGAUGGAAAAGAAGAGGUAGAGACAACUUCCGCUGCUAACAGGAGUCAUCCAAGAUCACUACAACCUGUGCAAAAUAGACGUCAUCCAGCAGGAAAACCCAGAAGACGUGGGCCUGUUCGAGUAGGUCCUGUGAAAAGAGUAGAAAUGCCAUCAUCCACCACUGAACAGAGAAGAAAUCGUUUUGACAGCAGACAUAGAAUUACUACAAACAAACAGCGAAUAGACCCUCAGAAAUGGGCUGACCUGCUAUUUAAGAUCCGCCAAAAGACGGCUCUCCACAACAACAGCCAGGCCAUCAAUGAGGUGAAGCCUACAGCUGAUGCACUGGAAAGUGGUGAAGACUCAGGAAGACACGAAGAAGAAAAUGGCACAGAGAAAAGUCCCGCUGAGGGAGCAGUUGUAAAAGUAGAAAGCGAAGGAUCCUCCAUAGAUGACAGUGCUCUGAGAGAAGAUGGCUUACAGUCUGUUCACCAUGUUCACAUGGAACCACAGACACACAGAGAGACAGGAACAGAUCAGGAAACAGACACAGAUGUAGAAAGAGGCAUAGAGAGGUCAGCAGAAACUCAGACAGACAUGGCGAAUGAGUCAGAGAGACACAUGCAGACAGAUAAAGUAACUGAAACAGGUCCACAGACAGUUACAGAACCACCGACACACAGUGAUCUCGUCACAUCUAAGCCACUGCCUGGAAUGAAUGAAAUUGUUGUUGAAAUGAAACAACAAGGAAACCCUAGCACAUCUGGAACCAGGCCUCAAAACUCAAAACCGGGACUAUUCCUAAAUUUAGUUCCCAACUCACGGCCCCAAAGCCCUUGGAACACUCGUAGAAGGAUUGGGCAACGAAGACGAAUCAUCAACAGGCCCAGGGGACGACCUGUAACCCUGCCACAAACUCUCCCUGAUCCUAGGAGCCUCAAGCCACAGAUCAGGACCUCUGACACCACCACAAAUCAAAUGAAUACUACUUUGACACUGACUUCAUCCAGAACAACUUCAGCCACUUUGUUCACAAGAAAUGCCUACAUUCAGAGUACUACUGGCAAGAUGGGACUACUUUCUCCACCUGCCCUUCUCCCUAACACACCUUCUGCCGCCCCUUCAGAUUCAGCCUCCCCUUUUAAGCUAUCUUAUUCCAUGACUCCCUCUUUAGAUGCUGCUCCAUCUCCAUCCUCCUUUUCUCCAUCACACAGAAAGACUCAUAUAGAUAUAACGACUCCUUCAGCUUUUACUCCAGACACUGUCGAUUUUGGCCUUUCUAACACUCUGCCACUUAUGUACACUCACUCUGGCAUUGCUCUGGCAAAGACGCACAAGCCUUCCACAUGGAUCUAUACAAGGAUUCGUACUCAUGGCAAAGAUGUUGAUAGAACCUCAAGUAAACAUAGUCAAGAGCUGCACAGGAAUUUGUCCCACUCUAUUACUCACCUCUCCAUUUUUUCAUCAACAGUCCCCAGUAUUUCUACAACUGCUACUGAAAAAAUCGCAACAUCUGUUCUUCCUCAGUCUACUACCAACAGUGGAAGUAGGACUAGAACCUCUACCACCACAACUACGAAACACAUAUUUCCCAUUAUCUCUACUACGACUACAGAUUCUCCUUUGACUGCAACUCCAGCUGUGGUAGUUAAUCCAGUGUUUACUAAUACCAGAACUACAACUAUUCCCACAUUCACUUCUACUCCCACAACUCUUAUCCAUCCUACCUCCACUACUAUCCCCAAUACUCUCUCCAGUACGGUUGCUCGUACAACCACCUCAACUAUUCCUACAACUGAUAGCACCAGUACAACUACUUCUACUCCUAGAACUACUGUUUCUUGGGUAUUUAUUCCUAUUCCAAAUGCUACUACCAGUGCUAUCACAAGGACUACCACUAGUGCCAGAACAUCUUCCAGAAACAGGCCAAGUCUUGACUUUGACUCAAGAGGGAAGUUUAUAUCCAUUGUUCCAAACCAGAGUCGGCCUUCUACUGAUUGGAGGAAUUCUGGGGUUAAUUCCAUUCCUGAUUCUCACCACAGUAGGCCUCAGCGGCCCCCAUCUCUUCCCCUCCCUGCAUCACCUGGGGUAUUGAGAUCCAGACCGAGGAUUGCAGACCCACACAUUAGGACUGUGUCGGUACCAGCAGACAGCACUGCCAGACUGGCAUGUGAAGCUGUAGGAGAACCAAAACCCUCCAUCACAUGGACUAAAGUCUCCACGGGCACAGUAAUCUCGGCCCACUCCAGAACUCAGCGCUUUGAGGUGCUGCCAAAUGGCACCCUUGUAAUUCAAAGUGUUCAGCUGCAGGACAGAGGGACAUACAUCUGCAGUGCAAACAGCUUCCUGGGUCGUGACAGGAUGCUAACUACUCUGGAAGUGUGGACCCGCCCCCCGCGAAUGAUGCUACUCAGUUACAGAGAAGCCACCAUCCACCAGGGUGGUGAGAUGUAUUUGGAAUGCCAGGCAGAUGGGGUUCCACCCCCUCUGCUGUCAUGGGUCCUUCCUGAUCGUUCCAUUCUGACCUCCGGUUCUCCAUCACACGGUCGCUUCACCAUGGACACGAAUGGAACCCUACAUAUCUCAGUAACAACACCAAGUGACCGGGGACUUUAUCGCUGUAUGGCAUCAAACUCAGCCGGUGUUGUGAGUGCCUCUGUUCGUGUGCACGUGUCCUCUUUGCCCCCCGUGAUACAGCAGCUCAGAGAAGCACAAUUGGUGUUGUCUCCAGCCAUGCCUCUUUAUGCUCACUGCUCUGCUCGUGGUGCACCACCACCAACGGUGCGCUGGCGAAUCCCAGAUGGGACUCUCAUUCGUCCAUCCCAAUUUGUACAUGGCAACCUUUUUGUUUUGCCUAAUGGGACACUACAUAUUCGAAAAGUUGGACUAAGAGACUCUGGGAGUUAUGAGUGUACAGCAACGAACGCUGUCGGAGCUGACAAGAGGGUUGUGAGGGUUGAAGUGCAAACAGUGGGAGUAGGAAGUCCAGAAAGAGCAAAAAAUAGUGGGACUGAACCUUCACCUGCAUCCUCAGUCAAAAAAGAUGUGACUUCUUUGCAGAAUUACCCCUCAGAACAGCUGAACACUGAUAAAACCAGAAGCUCUUCCCCAUCAUCCUUUGAUCGAUCCAGGACCUUUCUCCACAAGACUAAUUCACCCAGAUCUUCUGACCCUCCUCCACCUGUUUCUACAAACUCGCCCCUGAAAAUCAACAAAGUAGUCAUGCAGUUGAUCCGAACAAACAUAACAGCAUCACCACCCUCCUCAGGGUCGACAAACAACACCAAACUCUCACCCAGCUUUGUAAAUAACAAAGGAGUUGUUCUUCCUUCCCCCAGUGAUAAAAACAGAGCAGCAGCUGUGUUGCAUUCUUUACCCAUCUCCCCCUUUAGUAAAGCUCGCAUUGUCUCCACCUCACCUUCCAUCACUACAGUCCAUUAUGGCAUGAUUUUGCAGCUUCAUUGCUCUGUAACUGGCAACCCAUCACCCACCAUCAUUUGGAGGACACCUAGCAGGAAACUGGUGGACACACACUUCAGUUUUGAUCGACGUCUGAAGGUGCACCCCAAUGGUACCCUGACAGUCCAGGCGGUAACGGAAAAAGAUGCUGGAGAUUACCUUUGUGUUGCACGCAACAAGGUUGCAGAUGACUAUCGCCUGCUCCGUGUCUCUGUAGCUACCAAGCCGGCCAAGAUUGAGCCCAAGCAACCGUUUAAUCAGAUGGUGUCAUUUGGUGGUCCACUGAAGGUGGACUGUCAGGCAUCUGGACUGCCUGAUCCAGCUGUUCAUUGGAGCCUCCCUGAUGGAACUAUGGUAAACAGUGUGUUGCACGGGGAAGAGAUAGGAGGGCGAGCACGGAGGCUAACUGUGUUUGGAAAUGGGACAUUACUGGUUCCAGCAGUGGGUAUGGGAGAGGAAGGGGAGUAUACGUGUUACGCUGAGAAUCAGGGAGGUCAAGACACCAUGAAGGUGAAGGUCAAAGUCAUGAUGACGUCUCCACCAACCUUCAGCGAUGACAUCUUUCACAUCAUUAAAGUACGCCAGGGAAUGACUGCUGCUGUUCGCUGCCGAGCCAUAGGAGAUCCCACUCCAACGGUGACAUGGACCUCCCCAGUCAACCGUGUCAUCCCACAAAGUUCUGAUUCUGGUUAUUUUGCUCAGAGAGUUCAGAUGCUUUCAGAUGGAACUCUGGAAGUGCAUUUUGCCCAAAAAAGUGAUUCUGGAAACUAUACAUGCAUAGCUCGCAACUCUGUGGGGGAGCGGCUCAGGGUGGUUGGCCUAGAGGUAGAGGUUCCUCACCAUGGACUGAGUGGCCAUUUCGGUCAAAGUGGAGUUGCUGUGAAAGAGGGAAGAGCUUGGAGUAAAAGCAAUGGGCCCAGCAGUGGUCAUAGUAGUAGUAGAUCAGGCGACAUCAUUGAUAGUUCUGAGCUGAGUAGGUCUUCUCCAGUGUAUGGACUUUAUCAUGGAUUCAGAAGAAACUUUAAUAGUAAUAACAGCAACAACAAUGCUCAUAGUGAGAAUAAUGGCAGCAUAAGAAACACUGUGCAAAGCACUGGCAUUAGCAUCCCAAGCACUGGCUUUCAUCCUGCCCGUAGGAGUGGAAAUCGAGUCCACGGGCCUACUGGUAGAGUUCCACCACAACUUGAUAGUGCAGUCAGUGUCAGCAUAAGUGAGACAAGAAAUUUAGCCAUAAAAGCAGAUAACACUGGAAUAAAUACACCUGCAGAUUUGAGUAGUAGCACUAACAGUGAGGGCAACAGUCAGAAACAGUUUGGGGGGAUUGCUAGGUCUAGUAAUGAAGUCACAAGGAGAACAACUGAUACUGACCCAAGCACCAGUAAAAUCAAUGGCAGGUUAAGUGCUACCUUGAGAAAUAAUGAUGUUUUUAGUGGCCGUGCAUCUAUUAAUGGAUCUGCUACUGGCACACUCAUGGGAAAUGGUUUCAGUGGGAGCAGCAGUAGAGGAGUUAUUAUGAUUGGAAGUGAUGUGACUGAUGACAACAUUGGAGAGGGUGUAGCUCCUGGUCAUAACAGUGAAGGUACUGGUGCUUCAGGCCUCAGAAAUUCCACUAAUACAGCUGUAAAUGUAACUACAGCGAAGCAGCGAGUGGUGAAAGGCCAAACUGUUCUUUUACCAUGCCCCUCCCAAGGCUACCCUCCACCUCGUCUCUCCUGGCUUCUGCCUGGAAACGGCGUGUUGCCAGCCCCUUACUACGGCAGCAGACUCACUGUAUACCGGAACGGCUCCUUGGAGCUACGAGGCGUGCGUUCAAGCGACGGAGGGAUCUUGGUGUGCGUGGUGAGAGGUGAAAGAGAAGAGACAAGGAUACAGGUGGAGCUGGUUGUCUCUGAGGAACAAGACAAUGUCAGAUUGUCAAACAGGGCACCAGUUGCAGAAAGUCCUCUGCAAAAAACUCCUGUAUUAUACAGUAUACCUCAUACAGGAACUUCAGUGGAUUCAUGGCCUGCUUUAGCCAAGAAACCUCAAUCAAGAAUUCCCAUUACUGAAAAGCCACCACAGAGACCCUCAACUGUACCUGCUGAACCACCUAUCCAUUCAUCUGGCCCUGUCUCAAAACCAGUAGUAACCACCAGAACAGCAUCCCUGGUAAGCAUCAUUAAUGGAGAAACCCUGCACCUUCCCUGCCCUGUUCCUCAACCUCCUGGAUCUAACCAGGGUUCAUUAACCUGGACCUUGCCCAAUGGCAAAGUACUACCCCGUGGUGAGAGUGCAGAUUCGGGUCAAUACUAUGUCCAGGCAGAUGGAACUCUAAAAGUGCUAAAGGCAUUCGUGCAUGAUCGAGGCACCUACUCUUGCAGAUCCACCAGUUACGAUGCCUCCUCAGUUUUUAUUGGUACAGUUCCAGUCAUCGUCAUCGCCUACCCCCCACGCAUCACAACAGGCCCAUCACCUGUGACCUACACUCAACCUGGGGUUGCCGUGGAGUUACCCUGCCUUGUCAUCGCGACACCGCGGGCGACUAUAACCUGGGAAACACCAGACCUGUCGCAACUGAAGGUGAUUAAUCAGGCGCGUACCUAUGGAAACCACUAUCUUCGUGCUCAGGGUUCCUUGGUGAUUCAGAACCCAACGAGUCGGGAUACAGGAUUUUACAGAUGUACUGCAAACAAUGUUAUAGGAACAGACACCAAGGUGACCUACCUGCAUGUUAUAUAAUGGGAGACACAAACACAUGCACACACACACAGACUUUACCAUGUGCAUGCUUACAUAUGUAGGAAGCAUUGAUAUUUUCUCAAAAGAAAAAAUAGACGGACAGACUUCCUCAAGAUGACUGAACUCUUAUGGCGUUAGUAGGUCAUGUCCUGAAAGCCCAAAGGAACUGCAAAUCUCAUUACAGAAGACACUGUUGAACCUAAGACCAAAAAAAGGUAUUUUUUACAGUAUGUCUUUUCAGUAAUGUUUUUAUGUUUUAUAGCAAAAUUCAGCAGAAUUAGUGCCUUGGAGUUGUUUUUCUAAAUAUUUAAAGAAGUUCCUCGUACGGUACAAACUGGUCUUCUUAACCUUUUAUGCCUCGUUGUGUGUUACAAGUAUUAAAGUGCAUCAUAAAAAGCAAAUAAAAUGCACAGCACAUUUUACAUUAUUGCAAAACUGUAAAUGGCUUCAACUGUACCCAUGGGCUGUUUCAGAGGGAGAGAAAAAAAUCCCCCCAGCAGCUAACUGCAUUGUUUUUCCUCAGCAGUACAGGUAAACCUCAUUAACUCGCGCAAGUUGGGGUCCACAAAAUCAGACCGCGAGUUAUCUGAAACUGCAAGUUAAUGAAGUUGACGAAAAAAAUCACUUCAUCUAGAGUGGGUUCAAAAUGUUUUUUUUUUUCCUCUUUCAGCUGCUGGAUGUCACCGAUGAGAGUUCUGUCAGUGCGGAAUACUCCUGAUGAUUCAAAAUUUUGGAUGUGACUCUUCAGAUCCUUACUGCCGGUUCAGAUUGGGUCGGAAUUUACACACGCGCCCGCCGUAUGUGUGGCUGGAAUUUACAAAUGUGCCCAGUGGUGGGCACGUGGGCAGAGAGUCACAUCCAAAAACUUCUGCACAGAAUCAUCCGCCCUCAUUGCUGACAUGCAGCAGCCAGAGGAAAAAGAAGAAUCGUCGUCCUGAAUCGUCCACACUGAUGAUCCCUCCCAAAAAUGGUCAAAUCAAAACUGACUUUUAUACAGUCUAAAUUUACGGGGUCUACAAAUCGACUGUGAGUAAAGCCAAAAUGCAACUUGCGAGUUAAUGAGGUUUACUUGUAGUUUCUACAUUUCAUUGUUUCUUCGAUGACUUAAUGUUUUUCAUAGUGUAAUUUCAACAUAUAUUUUGGUAUGUAUGGUAUACUUUAAAACAACAAGAUCAGUUGUUGCAAGUGAUGGCUAUAUCCAUUUAACUGCUAAAACAUGGGACUUCAUUAUAAAAAAUUGUUGGAUUCAGGUGAUAAACACUUGAUUUAAGAGUGAAUUGUUACACAAAUUUAUAUUUUUGGAAUAUAUAUGACCAAAAGUUAUUUUAUUUUUUUGACCAUUGAUGUACAUGUAAGUGGCAGCUUUGUGUUGGGAUGUCAACAUAAAACCUGUGAAAGAUGCAAUAGUGCCUUCAGCUUCAUGACACACUGAAACAUGUUAAAA